AUGGAGGGGCUGAGCCAGCGCUGCCCGCUGCCCCCCGCUGCCCAGGGCUGCCCCCGGCCCGGCCGCGGCUCCGUGCUGCUGGUGCUGACGCUGCUGCUGCUCCUGUACCCCCUGCUCCGGGGCCUGGCUCUGCAGCUGCACUGGGCUGUCAGCGGCAGCUACGUGCCAGGGACACACUCCGUGGCCUUCAUCAGCUGUCCCAACGAGCACAUCGCCAGGGACAUCGCCAGGGCCAUCAUGGAUAAGAGACUGGCUGCCUACGUGAACAUCCUGCCCAAGAGCUCAGCCUUGUAUUUCUGGAAAGGGGAAUUGGAAGAAUCCACUGAAAUACUGCUGUUGGUGAAAACAAGGACGUCCAAAAUAGGGGAAUUGUCCAACUACGUCAGAUCCAUCCAUCCCUUUGAAAUCCCCGAAAUCAUCAGCCUGCCCAUUGACCAAGGAAACCCUGUCUACCUCAAAUGGAUAGAGGAGAACGUCCCGCGGGACUGAGAGGCGCAAAGUGCAGCUCAUUUUUGGGGAGCCGCGCGGAGGCAGCUUUUAUCUUCUGGGGUUUGCUGUGACACGGGAGCUUGGGAUCGGGAAACCUCCGCUCCUCGGCCAGCCCCGGGAGCGCUGAGCAGCCCGGAGCCGGCACAGGCUGGGCUGGGGAAGGGCCGCCUGCACCGAAAGCUGUGCGUGAGGAUACGCGGAAUGUCCCUGUCAGGACGCUCGGGGUGCCUCGGGCUGUCAGCAGCGAAUUCCAGCCGGGAGCCUGGCAGUCCCUGCGGUGCCGUGUGUCCCCACAGCUGCCCUGAGCCCUGCUGGCCCCCCGGGCGCUGCCAGCAUCCUGUCCCGGCCGGGAACCGCAGGAUGUACCCGGGCACCGCCUCCCCUGGAGGCUCAGCCCUGCAGAGCCCAGGGAAGCAGCAAACCCCAAAAAACCCCAGCAAAGCCCAGCAGGGUUUAGCUCUCCCUGGCACCGAGAGCUGGGAUGAGCUGGGCAGCAGCCAGGCCGGUUCAGGGAGCCCAGGUGCCAGCAGGACCAUGGCACUGCCCUGGCACUGUGUCCCUACCCCAACCUGAGCUGUGCUUUCUGCCUGGGCCAAGCUGAACUUUGUGAAAAGAUCCUCAUGUUAAUGGUGUCUGAGACAUAACUUAAGGAACAUUUUUGGGUUAUUUUUGUGACUGGGAGGGGAAUAAACAGGAGUUUCUUACCUGGGCAGGCUGUCGUGGUCACAGCUGG